AUGGAACAGAUUCUGACAAACCAGCUAGAAAGUUCAGAGGAAAAUGGAUUAUUAUCGUGGGUUGAAGAUCAAUCAGAGCUUUCCCAAAAGAGACUUUUAAGAAAGAGAGGGAAAAUAUGUUCAAACGCAUGCAAUAAAUGCAAGAUAGAUAAAAAAAAGUGUGAUGGAGAUUCUGAAACCAAAAAGGCUUGUACAAAUUGCAUUGAUCGUAAAAGGGAGUGUAAGUUUUCAAAUGUCCGUCGAAAACUAAAAACAAAUGUUCAAAAUAUUGAGCAACUAAUAAGUAGAAUGGAAAUAAUUGAAAAAGAAUUGAAAAAAUUGAUUGAAGAAAUCUCCCUUAUUAAGCAUAUAAAAGAUAUAUUUUUCCAAAUGAUUAAUCCGUCAAUGACAAAUGAACAAGUAAUUGAACUGAGAAAAAGACUUGUUGAAGAAUUAAAAAAAGAACCCGAAAACCAAGAAUUAUUUGAAGAUAAUAUUAGUAUUGAAACAUCUUCAUCGAGUUUACCUCGUCUUGACUCUUAUGAAGAUUUAUCUUCCGAAUCGAUAACGUCCCCUCAACUUGAAUCUUCUGACAGGCUUUCUUUGAAUUUUAACGAUUUGACAGCAGCUACUGAGUAUUCGACAAACGAAAAUGUUUCAACACUUCUGAAUAAUGAUUAUUUUCAGCAAGAAAAGCAAUCAGAAGAAAGGAAACAAACUAUUUAUUCUAAAACAGAAAGAACAUCUGACGAAAGAAAAAGAAAAUCUGAUAAACAACCGAUCAAAAAUUCGAAAAAACAAAGAAAAAACGUAAAAGGCACAACUACCAAACAGUCAGGAAACCUUCCAGGAAUAUCAGUGAUAUAUCCAACACCAAAGGGUUACGAAACUCAUAAAUUUGUCGCCAGUGAAAAUACUCAAUAUAGACCAUCACCUUCACCCAUGUUUCAUUUGGGGUUGAUGGCAGUUAAUAAUUUAAAUGGCAAUAAUCCGGAUUUACAAACAGCAACGUCAACUGCUGAUUCUUUUGGUCUCCAAACUUCAACAAAUAUUGAGCAACAUAAUUACAUUAAUCAAUUUGUUAUUCAACAAUAUCUCUUUUCGAAUGAUAUUACAACUGAUGAUUGUAACCAAGAAGAGAAUACAUUUAACGCUAUGCCUCGUUAA